AACGUGCGGGCAAUCGUGCGGACGUUCUAAUAGUACUUUCAUGGAUGUGCUCGUGUAUGGAUCUGGUGGGUAACGGAUGUGCUCGUGUAUGGAUCUGGUUCAGCUUCACCAUCCACAAACCCAUCCAAACCCGCACCAUUGCCAUCGUCGCCCCGGAUGCGCCGACGGGCCCGUGGCCGCCGUUCAACCGCGCGAGCUGAGUAGCCCUGUAGCCGCACCUGCUGUGUCGCAGCGCGCCACUGCAAAUGCCGGUGCCCAGAAGAUUGCGAGGCAGAUACCUGAUUCGCUAGAUCAGAUAUGGAAGGGGGCGGGCUCCAAUUUUCUGCAGCAGAACCACGCUAAAUUAGUUCUUCUUUUCCUGACAACUCAAACGAAUCUGUGGUAUAUCUUCCAGAUUUUUUGGUAUUAACAUCAAUAUUGCCAUCAAGAUAGCUAAGUGCUGAGGACCAAUGAAGAUGCAGGUUGAAUAUGUCAGUGCUACAAUUUCUCGUUCAAGGAAGGCGUAACGCAAUUGUGCCCCCUAUUGGAAUUGGUUGCCUCACAUUUGGCCCCCUAAUGCAUCUUCUCCUCCAGAGUUUACAUGCAUCUCCCUAUUCUGUGAUUAUCCCCUGAAUAUCUUCCUCUCAGAUACACACAAAAUAUAUGGCUAGUAGCACCGAACUAGUGUUUGCCGGGAAGUCGGUGGCAACCUCAGCCAUCUCCUUCUGGAUCAACAAGGCUUUCACAUGCCUGAAUAAGUACUUCAAGGCUGAGGGCAUGCAGGAUAUCAAGAAAAGAUUGCGCCAGUUGAUGCCAAAUAUCCAGCUUGUGCUCGACAUUGCCAACCCUGAGUCUUUUAAAGAACAGGUCAGUGCACUGGAUUCAUGGCUAUGGCAGCUCAGGGAUGCGGUAGAGGAGGCCGAGGAUGCAACCGAUGAGCUUGAGUACUACGAACUAGAGGAGAAAGCGAAGGGUUACAAGGUUAGUGACUCGGGCUCCUCCUUCGCUAAGAUGAGGCAGAAAGUCGUCAGAUCUGCCAAGCAUGUUGGAAUCUUGGAUAAGAAUUUGAAACAAUUUACUCAACAUGGCACCAUCAAGAGGCUGAGGGCUGCCGUGGAGGGCAUAGACAAGGCUGCUACAGAUAUUGCUGAUAUUCUCAGAGUCACACAACAUCUCCAGGGGGUUGCAUCUGGUAGCCAGCGGCAGGAACAUUGGAUGAACAAAGAUCGUGAGACAGGUUCGGCCUUGACGGCAUCUAAAUUUGUUGGACGAGAAAAUGAGAAGGAAGAGAUACUUAGAUGGCUGACCAAGACAUCAACUGCAGCUUCUGAAAUUGUGAUAACUCCUGUCCAUGUUCCUAUUCUUUCAGUGGUUGGUCAUGGUGGCAUGGGGAAGACUGCUUUGGCUCAACGCAUAUGCGAAGAAGUGGUAAGGGAGCGUUUCAAGGUUAUAUGGGUCCAUGUAUCUGAUAGCUUUGAUGCAGCAUCUCUGACUAGUAAAAUACUGGAAUCUGCUACAUGGGAAAAACCUAGAGCUAAUCAUUUGGAGGCACUGCAACAAGAUCUCAAAAGGGAACUGAACUUGCAUACUAAGUUUUUGCUUGUUUUAGAUGAUGUCUGGGAAGAUAAGAGUAAAGAUGAAUGGGAAAAGGUAUUUGCUCCUCUGAGGAAUAGCAAGAGCGGGAGCAAAAUUCUGUUGACAACCCGAAUGCAGUCAGUAGCUGAUAUGGCUGCAGAAGCCAUGGGAAUCGACAUGGAGUGCUUGAAAAUAGGAGGGCUAGAAGAAGGUGAAAAUCUUGAGCUCUUCAAUCAUCAUGUCUUCUCUGGUCUGAAUUCACAAGAUUUUGUAGAUUUAAAAUUAUUUGGAGAGAAAAUUGCAAAAAAAUUGGGUGGAUGUCCCAUGCUAACUAAGGUUGUUAGCGGGCAUUUGCAGUGUAAUAUGACUUUGGAAUAUUGGGACAGAUUCUUGGGUGAUUUGGAACAUUUUAAAGGAACUGAAAAGGGUAUGAUGGAACUUUACAGAUUAAGCUACUACCACCUACCAAUAGAGCUUCAGAUUUGUUUUCGGUACUGCAGCAUAUUUCCACAGGCCUGUAAAUUUAAGAAAAAAGAUUUGGUACUGAUGUGGAUGAGCUCAGGACUGAUCUCACAAGCAGGAAAUGAAUCAAGAAGGCCUGAGGACAUUGGAGAGCAAAUCUUGGCUCAGUUAACUAGACAAUCAUUUUUUGACAUGACAUUCAAAAUAUUCCAAUAUAGUCAAAGAAAAGAAGAGUAUUACAUAAUGCAUGACUUAAUGCAUGAAUUGGCAAGGCAUGUAUCUUCUGGUGAAUGUGCAAGAAUAAGUGAACCUAUCAUGUUGGAAAACAAAAAGGAUACAGUUCGACACAUACAUAUUCCUUGUAUUGACCAUUUAUCUAUUGAGGAGGUCAAGAAAAUCUCACACUUUAAAAAUGUGCGCACUAUUAUCUUUGAAGGUCAGCAUUUGGUCAACAAGGAUAUGGUUGAUGCUAUUGAGAAUGUUGUACAGAACUCAAAAGCUUUGCGUCUGUUGCACUUAAAUUUGGAGAAUACAUUUCAUCUUUCUGGACUUGCAGAUUUGAAGCACCUUCGUUACAUCUACCUACCUAACUUGUCAACAGAAGGAUUCUGUGGACUUGUCCAGCUCUAUCACCUAACAGUUGUUAAUUGCUCCAUUGGCUGGCAGAAACAACCUACAGAAGUGAGGUAUCUGGGAAACAUUGAUCAUCUACGAUAUGUGAGCUCUAGGCUCUACAAAUGUAGCGAGUUCCCUAUUGGAAGACUCACUUCUCUUCAGGAGUUGCAGAACUACAGGGUACAUGGAAAGGAGGGCAACAGAAUAAGUGCAAUCAGAAACUUAAGAGAUCUCCGUGAACUUCAAGUGCAAGGUCUUGAGAAUGUUGAGAAUCCUGAGGAAGCUCAUGAUGCCAAGUUGAAUGAAAAGGAAUACCUCAACUCUUUGUCUCUGGAGUGGUCAGCACGUGCUAAAAUAGAAAGCAGGACCGAUGAGUUUCUUAUUGAUAAUUGUGAGCCACAUGAAAACAUUAGAGAUCUUACAGUUUCUGGUUAUGGUGGUGUAAGAUCUCCAAUAUGGAUUCAGAGACUUUCUGUCAAAAACUUGAUAUCACUGAAGCUGGUCAGAUGCGAAAACUGGAAGUAUCUCCCAUCACUAGCAGAGCUUGCAUUGCUGAAACAUCUUACAUUGCAUCACCUUUAUAGCAUACAAGAGAUUGGUGAAUCAUCUCAUGUUUCUGGCUGUGGCUGCAGUGACUCAUCUCUACCAAAUUGUCCAUUUUAUAUUAACGGAUCUCUACCUGCAAGUCUCCAUACUCUCAUCGUAAGAUCUUGCCCUGAACUGAUUGAAUUGCCUGUUCUACCUCCCAGUUUGGUGUAUUUGGAAAUACAUGAUGUUGGGUUGACCAAACUUCCAAGGAUUGGCGGGCCAUGUAGCGAGGACGGUAGGGCAGAUUCAUCUGAAUUGCUGCGCAUCCGUGUCAAUAUGUGUCCAAGUUUAACUUCACUUGAUGAAAGUGUUCUAGCACAGGGACAGUACAUUAAAACCAUCCGUAUCCUACGUAUCACAACAUGCGAAGAGCUGGUGUUUGUACCCUUAACAUUCAAAGAAAUGAAUGAGCUUAGAGAACUCGAGAUUGGGAAAUGUCCAAAGCUGAGGACAUCAAGUGAAAUCAGAGAUAAGAUCCUUCCUCCAUCACUUGAAAAAUUAACUCUCAUGCAGUGUGGCGACAUGGAAUGUUUACUGCUUAAGUCGUUGCAUGGACUAGAAUUUCUUUCUAAGCUGGCGCUGAAGAACUGCCCAAGUCUGAAAUCCCUCCCCUCAGCAGAUGUGUUCAAGAGUCUCAAGUCACUGGAGUUAAUGGAGAUAAUGGGGUGCCAGAAUCUCUCAUCAUUGGACGGGCUCGGUUCCCUUCGGUUCCUCUUUGAGCUGAAAAUCAACACUUGUAGUAAGCUCGCAGAGGUUGGGUUGUCCCUACCUCUCCAUGUAUCCAGUGGUAGUGGUGAUGGUGGAGAAGAUCAUAUGGUGAUGCCUACCGGCUCUUUGCAAAUUGACUAUCUUGAAAUUGAUCUCCCGUCCAUAUUGCUUCUUGAGCCACUCAAGGAUCUUCGCCACACCAAAGAAUUGGUGAUUAAUAAUGGGAGCCAGAUGAAGAACUUACCUGAGCGAUGGCUUCUACAGAACAGCAAAGAGAUCCGAUCCCUGAAGAUAUUGAGUGCCAACUCGCUGGAAUCUCUUCCAUUACGUAUGAACGAACUAUGCUAUCUCAAGUACUUGCUCCUAUCUGGUGCUGGGAAGGGGAAGUUACAAUCGCUUCCUGAUCUGCCAUCUUCCCUGCAAUGUAUCCACGUUAUGGGCUGCUAUCCAGAGUUGGUGAAGCAGAUUAGUGAAAAAGGCAGUUCUGAAUGGAAUAAGAUAUCGCACAUUGCCAAGUUGCACAUAGGAGAUUCAUACUUUACCAACGGAAAGGAAUGCGACCAAGAGAGUUUUUACGGAGCAAGCAAUCAAUGAUUGUGGAUACGUGUUGCCAAGAAAUUAGUACUGUGAGCAGUAGCUUCUAGCUGUUCAGUUCCUGUCCAAUAGUCUUCGCAGGACUGCAGACUAUGAAUGUUUUGCCCAUACACAGACUGGUUCUUUCAGUAUGAAGGAUUUAUGUAUAUUAUGAGAUUAAUUAGCUAAUAACUUCACCAUAUAUUCUUGUUCCAUCUAAUGAAGCCCUGUUUACAUAGGAUUGGUGGUUUUGUUUUGUGGACAGUAAUCCUAGCUCUAGUUAGUGACUUCUAACUGUUAUAUUUGAUCAGGUUUAACAACUAUGUCUGGUCGUUACGGACCUGCAGCCGUGUCAUGGUAGCUGCAAGCAGGAAAAUAUAUAGCUUAGUAGAAAUUGUUAAUAUAUAUUUACUAUACAUAAAUAAAUAAGGUAGAAAGAAUCCAGUUAGAUCAGGGCAGUGUAAAGGUUAACAUGAACUGUUAUGUUCUUGGUUGAUGGCAAACCAUCCGCUGGAUGUCUUUGAUAGGUGUUUAAAUCUGCUUUGUGCCAUUCUGGUAGGUGUUUAAUUCAGUAGUGUGUGUAGGAAUAUGUGCAUAUAUUUUAGGUAGUUGACUCAAGGUAGAACUGUGAGUGCUUGGUGGGAUUCAUAAGUAUCCCUGUUAUUCUAUUAUUAUGUAUUAACAUUCCUGA